UGAAAAUAUUUUGUCCGCUAGAGGGAGUCUGGUUAUGUUGGCGAAAAUUGUCGAUAGUAGCAGCUAAUAGAUUAGUUUUAUUAAAAGAAUGAAAUUCUGAGUAAAAGUCUUAAAAUUUAUUUUAUCGGCGAAACAAUGUUCUAAACUUUACCGAAACGAUCUAUACGUAAGUGUUGACAAUUAUAAAGUUUUUGCUGCCGAUACAUUUAAAUUGUCAUGGCUUCAGGCGUGCUUGUUGUGAGUUGUUCUUCCACUCAACCUGAAGAAAUUAUUAAAAAUUUAUUGGAGACAAAGAAUUUGCCUGAACCAGAAUCUCAUUUUCAACACAUUAAAUCAUAUCCUUGGCAUCUAGAAACAAAGUAUUACAAAACAGAUUUAUUUUGUUUUGCUGCAUCUUCAAAAGAUAUUUCUCCAGAUUUUUCUGAUUCGGUAGAAGCUGUUAUUAUUCAUUUUGAUACAUCACAGGAAUCUAGUUUUGACGAUGUGUUAUCAUGGUUUCCGAUAGUAGAAAGUUUUGAAGCAGAUGUACAGAUAUUAGUUUGCGAUUCAUGUAAUUAUGAUAAAUUGUAUAAUAAAUAUAUACCAUGGUGUGUGAAGAAUAAAUUUGAAUUGGUUGAAUUACAUCCAGAAAAACAUGACGAUGACGAUACAGAUGAAUUUUUAAACAAAACUGGAUAUAGAAGAAUACUAGAAGCUCUUCAAGCCCACGUGUGGCCAAACUUAGAAAUGAAAGAAGAAAGCAACCAAAGAUUUUCUUCGCAUAACAAGAAUGAUAAGAAAUUAACAAGCAUUGAGUACUUUGAUACAUUAGUGAAUGACGACGAAUCCUUUCUAGAGUCGCUUUCUAAUGAAGAUCCUUCGUCAUUUGAAAGUCUCUUCCAAAAGUUCAAUGAAAUGAAAGAAAAAGCAUCUAGUUUGACUGGAGAUGAGAGGAAAAGAUAUGCUGAAAAGGUAGCAAUAGCAUUUUGGAAAGCUCUUGGGAAGGACAACGAAGAGAUUGAAGGACUAAGCAGUGAUGACGAUAUAUAAUUUUAAAUAUAAUAUAUUCUGUAAAAUUGCAUAUGUGUAUAAUAAAAAAUGGUCACAAUUAAUUAAUUUUUCAUG